AUGGUAGUAACGUACUACCACCAGAAGCUUCUGCACGCUGGCCCACAGCUAAUGAUCGCUAGUCUUCGGGAACAGUAUUGGCCACUGAGAGUACGCAACCUGGCGCGGAAAGUGGUGCAAAGCUGCCUAAAAUGCUACCAUUGCAAACCAACCGUCCAAGAGCAGCUGAUGGGGGACCUUCCCAGCGAACGGGUGACGCUAACGUACCCGUUUUUAAAAACCGGCGUUGAUCUUUGCGGUCCGCUUUUCUAUCGUCACGGUGGCCGCAAGACAUCUCCGGUGAAAUGUUAUGUCGCCAUCUUCGUGUGCCUGGUCACAAAGGCGGUACACAUCGAAUUGGUUGCAAACUUAACUACAAAUGCCUUCAUAUCUGCCAUGAAACGGUUCAUUGCACGACGCUCGAAGCCGGCAAUUAUCGAAUGCGACAAUUUCCAAGGAGCUUCCCGAGCACUGGAGCUUCCCAGCAGCACCAACAUGCCAUCGUUUCCUAUUGCGUAG